CUGCAAGCUGGCUUCAAGCAGGACAAGAUAUACACCUUCAUCGGUCCGGUGCUGGUGUCGGUCAACCCGUUCAAGCAGGCGGCGAUCCAACGCAUACGCGGCAUGUACUCUGCAGAGACGAUGCGCAAGUACUCGGGCCGCCAGUCGUUCGAAUUGCCUCCCCACGUGUACACGAUCGCCGAGAGCGCGUAUCGCGCGCUGCUUCGCUCGAGCAAGGGACAGUGCAUUCUCAUCACGGGCGAGUCUGGCGCGGGCAAGACCGAGGCGGCGAAACGCGUAAUGGAGUACGUCAUGGCCGCCGCCGCUGCCGCACGGCCGAGCGCCAAGGCCACCGGCCGCGAGGUGCAGGACCUGCUGCUGCAGUCAAACCCGCUACUCGAGGCGUUUGGCAACGCCAAGACGGUCCGCAACGAGAACUCGUCACGGUUUGGAAAGUAUGUCGAGAUUUUCUUCGACUACCAGGGCCAGCCGCUCGGUGGGCGCGUCUCCAAGUUCCUGCUCGAAAAGUCGCGCGUCUGCGUGCCGGGCAAGGGCGAGCGUUCCUUUCACAUCUUCUACCAGCUCCUCGCCAUGGGUGGCGAUGGAGGCGACGGCUCGAGCUGUGUGCUGCAUGCGCUCGGCGAGCUGCAGGCGUACAGCUAUCUGGCCAGGUCGGGCACGACGCAGGUGGCCGGACUGAGCGACGCCGACGAGUGGAGCGCGACGGCGGAGGCGCUCACGACGCUCGGUUUCUCGCCCGAGCGGCAGACGCAGCUGAUGGAGCUGGUGGCGGCUGUGCUCGCCAUCGGCAACAUAAGCUUCCAGUCGAACCGCGCCGCUGGGCAGGUCCUCGCAAAGACGGACUCGCAGGCCGCCGUCGUGCACCAGGAGGACAGCCUCAAGGUGGCCGCAGCGGCCCUCAAGGUUGACCCGCGAAAGCUCGCGAGCGCGCUGACAAACCGCACCAUCGCAACCGGCAUCGACAGGAUGAGCACGCCGCUCGACGCGGCGCAGUCGGCGCACGCGCGCGACGCGCUGGCCAAGGCGCUGUACGCUCGCGCCUUCGACGCGCUGGUCGAGCAGGUCAAUCGCGCCGUGGCGCCGCCGCCGCACGCCGAGCUCACGCUCGGCGUACUAGACAUUUAUGGUUUCGAGAUCUUCGAGGCGAACUCGUUUGAGCAGCUCUGCAUCAACUUUGCCAACGAGAAGUUGCAGCAGCUCUUCAUCGAGUUUACGCUGCGCGCCGAGCAGGCCGAGUACGCAGCGGAGGGGGUGGCGUGGACGCCGGUCGAAUUUUUCAACAAUUGCGUCGUCGUUGAGCUCAUCGAGGGAUCGAGGCCCGCCGGCGUCCUGUUGUGGCUCGACGAGGAGUGCGUCGUGCCAAAGGGGACCGACGCCUCCUUCCUGACCAAGCUCGCGUCAAACCUGAGCAAGCACCCGCACCUCGAGGUCAGCAAGGACCAGGCCGCGCGGACCUUCACGAUCAAGCACUACGCGGGUGACGUCGCCUACGCAGCGGACGGGCUGAUCGAGAAGAACAAGGACCUCGCCUAUCGCAAUCAGAUCGAGAUGCUCUCCGAGUCGGCGUCGCCGCUCAUCGCGGAGCUCUUCCCGGCGGCGACGAGGGGCAAGACGUCAGCCAAGAAGAUCGAGACGGCGGGUGCGCAGUUUCGCAAGCAGAUGGACGCGCUCGCGGCCACCAUCGGCCGGUGCGCGGAGCCACACUACAUCCGCUGCAUCAAGCCCAACCUCAAGAAGCGGCCCGCUGACUGGGACGCGCAGCUCGUGGCGCACCAGGUGCGCUAUCUCGGCAUUGUCGAAAACGUGCUGGUUCGGCGCGCAGGCUUUGCGCAUCGGAUGCCCUUCUCGCGCUUUCUCGGGCGCUACAAGAUGAUAUGCCGCGGCACGUGGCCGGCGCCGCCCGCCGCGCAGAGCCCGGCAGACUCAUGCGCCGCCAUCCUCGCUGCGGCGCACAUUGUCAAGGCGGGGUACGAGCUCGGCAAGACGAAGGUCUUUUUGCGCGCACCCGCGUCCGUGUUCACGCUCGAGGACCGGCGCAGCCGCGCGCUGCACGACGUGGCGCGGAUCCUGCAGGGCGCGUACCGAUCCUUCGCCGCGAGGAGGUACCGCAUCAAGCUGCGCGAGAAGAGCAUGGCCGUCUUUGAGGGGCUGAAGCGGCGGCGGGGCUCGUGGAGGCUGCCCUUUCUCGGCGACUACCUCGACGCCGCGGAGGCGCCGGAGGUGACGCGCAUGCUGCUCAAGGCGGGCGAGGCAAGGGUGUACUUUGCCGACCGCAUCACGCACGUGAACCGCAACGGCAAGGCCCAGGAGCGCAUCCUCCUCAUCAGCGACCGCUCCGUGUACGUGCUCGCCCCGACCAAGUGGAGGGUCAACGUCCGAGUGGCAUUUGACGAGCUCGAGGGCAUCUCGCUCUCCACCUUUGCCGACGGCUUCAUGGUGGUGCACGUCGGCGGCGGCGCCAAGGGCGGCGGCGCCGCGCUGCUGCUGCAGGUGCAGCGCAAGGCUGAGGUGGUCACGAUGCUUGUGCAGGAGGCGGGCGCCAGCGUGGUGUGCAGCGACACGAUCGAGUUCCGCAGCAAGCGGGCGGGCAUGUUUGAAACAUCGGCGACGGAGACGCGCACAAUCACCUUUGUGGAGUCGGCCGCGACGGCGGGGUCGGCAGCGCUGCUCGACGAGAAGAGCGCGGCGACGGGGCAGCUGAGGGUGCUCGUGCCGCCGGUCCUCGGAAGCAAGGCGGAGCUGCAGAUCGGGAAGGGGGGCGCAGCCCCUGCGGCUUGA